UGAGGCAAGGCAUACUCGUCGUACUUGCCAUCGUGGCACCGAUUGCGGGAGUCAGCGGUUUCGGUGGAUUUUUGGGAAGAUUGGCGGCGAGAAUGCCGGCCUUGCUGAGGCCCUUGUCCAAGGCUGGUGAAUUCGCACACGUGUUCGGCCAUCUAGGUGGAGAAUUGCUCGAACUCAAAAGGGAACCUGAAGACCUCCAAGAACAGGAUCUGUACGACAUAUAUGCACUCGGAAUGGGACCGGCUCCAGGACCCUUCGACCUUCUCCCCAACCCAAACGAUAAUAUCACUGGAUAUACUGGGCCUGGCAUUUCAGGUACUACAAAAUUCUCAGCGAACAGCACAGCAUUCCUCAAAUGCGGGAAGUGCAGCUGCACGUUUGACUGGAAAGCGGACUUUUACGGUAAAACAAUUGGCUGCACUUCGGAGGUAAAAAAAUUCAGCUGCACGUGCGAACGCGGUGGCUGCGACUAUGGGAAUAUUGCGAAGUGCCUAAAAAAUCUGGCGUCUGGAAAUUGUAAUCAACAUCAGCAAGAAAUCUCUUGCCUCUAAUUUUCAGUAAAGGCCUAUUUACAUAACAUUGCUCGUGCGUUGUCUGUUCUUUGCUUCGACUUCAUUUUGUUUUUCAGAACUAACGGAUACAUGCGUCGCCGUUGCUGCAAGUUACAGAAAACUACUUAUCAAGUUCACGGCGUUUGCAUUCGGAAAAAAAAAACCUAAGGGAGAAUCCAGCUCAUGGUAACUGUCGACGGCAGUGCAGAAGCGUUGAAUCAGUAUAGCGAGGAAACGUAUUGACACCUCAUUUAUCAGACAUGUGCUGCAGCGGAACUCCUCUUUGGUGGUUCUCUAAGAAGACUGGGCGCCAUAUAGUACAUUAAUAACGCAAGUGCAUUAACCUUGCUUACCAUACUCGAUCAUAAUAUUCAGCGGUCACAAAUUUGCCGACUGUGGAUCUUUGCUCGCUGUUCAGUGCCGCCUUUCUGUACCCUG